UCGGUCUCCGGUCGUCCCCGCGGCUGCCCGCGUGCAUUGAAGAUGGCGGCUGCUGCAGGAAGGUUGCUUCGGGCCUCGCUCGCCCGGCAGGUGGGUGCCCUUGCUCGGGGCCUUUCUGCCUUCUCAGCCCCCAGACCUGUUACAUCUGCAAGAUCCUGUUGGGCCAGCCUCUCCUGGUGUGGGUCCGCUCAGGCAAAACUCGCCUUCAGCACCAGCUCCUCGUACCAUGUUCCCGCAGUCACCCAGCACGCGCCCUAUUUCAAGGGUACGGCCGUCGUCAAUGGCGAGUUCAAAGACCUAAGCCUCGAUGACUUCAAGGGGAAAUACUUGGUGCUUUUCUUCUACCCGCUGGAUUUCACCUUUGUGUGUCCUACAGAAAUCGUGGCUUUUAGUGACAAAGCCAAUGAGUUUCACGAUGUGAACUGUGAAGUUGUCGCCGUCUCCGUGGAUUCCCACUUCAGCCAUCUUGCCUGGAUCAACACGCCCCGCAAGAACGGCGGCUUGGGCCACAUGAACAUUGCACUGCUGUCAGACUUAACCAAACAGAUCUCCCGAGACUACGGCGUGCUGUUGGAGGGCUCCGGGGUGGCACUGAGAUCAAGCCAAAUCCAACUGCUUCCAAGGAGUACUUUGAGAAGGUCCAUCAGUAGCCCAUCCCAUGUGUACCUGCACCUUGUCACAGCGGAAGAUAAUCAGAACCCACCCACGCCUGGUACCCACUCUUAUCAUUGUGAAGGUGGGGGGCUGUAGAAGGCGAAAAGGCAGCUCUGCUUAGCUUGAUGAACAGUCCAUCUAAACGUUCUGCUUCUGGAACACCGGCUCGGUAGUUAGUGCUUAGCUGCAGACACAAGGAGCCUGUACUGGAACACUGGGAGGGCUGGUCUGUUCGUACAGAAGCCCUCAUUCGUCCACCCUCUCCUUAGCUCACAGCUCCUGCGGGGGGCGCACGCUCUGUGCAAGCCUAAUCCAGUGCCUCGUCCACACCAGACGACAAACUUCUGAUCAAGGGUCCUGGAAGUUUUUCCCUGAAUUUCUUUGUAGUAAGCUGAUUUUUUUUAAGAUCUCAAAGAUUCUAGUUUUAACUUGUUUGAAUCAGCAGUCAUGUUUAACUCCUGCAAUGAUGUGGAAACAAAUAUGAAUUGUGUCAUUCAAAGCCAUGGCGGCAGAGUGCGGUGACUGACCCUGCACGGCCCCAGCCCUGAGCCCGCAGUUCGCCUCACAGUCCCACUGAGCACCAGCCCGGCCCCCAGCCCUGAGCCUGCAGCUCGCCCCGAGCACCCUCUAGCUCUCUCGGUGUUUUCUGUGCAUCUCCAGAUUCUGAUGAAGUGUAAUUACAAUGGAUAUUUAUUGAAUCCAGGGAUGGCAUUCUGAAAUCAUGGUAAUCUUUCUUGAAGUAUUGAAUAUAAGAUAUCGAAUAAACAUAUUUUAAAA